AUGGAAUAUUGGAUCGAAGCAGUCCAGAGUGUUUUUGAUGGGGCCAUCACAUACACUGAAGAAGUGUUUGCAACUGCCACGGAAAAUUUGAAAAAUGAGAAAAAACGUUCAUUUGCUGAAUUUCUGAAAGAUAAAACCCCUCUUCCACGUGUUGUCACUCCACGAAAGGAGUCUUUAUCUGAAUACACAGCUGGAUCUGCGAAGUUGCUUGACCAAAUGAAUAAGGAUAUUUUCAGUGAUGAAGAGGAAGUGGAGGAACAUAAUAAUUCGAAACAAAAGCGACGUCAAUCAAGAUAUGGAAGAGAUAUCCCAGACUAUUCCGAACAAGAAUCUGAUCAAGAAUAUGAAAAAAGAGUACGCAUAAAACGGCCUGAUUCACGAUCACAUCAUGCAGGCAAGGAUGAUAAACCAGAGAUUGAUAACGGGAAAUUCAAGGUAUAA